CUUACUCUUUCUCUUUCUCUUUCACUGUCUUGCUGCUGUGUGAGUACUGAUACACACAUUGCAAUCUCACGUGCAGUUUGUUCUCUUGUAAUGCUUUUCUUUUAAUCAAUUCUUUUUUUUCUUUAAAAAGCCCUUACCCUUUUCUUUUUUCUCCAUGAGCUGGGAAAAAAAAGAAAAAAGAAAAAAGGAAAAGCUAAGCUUGGUUGUUGGGAGGUCUUUUGGGUUUGUCUUCAAUUUUGCUUUUAUAUAAAUAUUUCCCCUCUUCGUCUCCUUCUUCCUUUCAAAUUUGGGUCUCUCUCAACCAAACAAACAAAAACAACCCCCCAAAUUUCUCUUCUUUUCUCUCUCAAAUCCGUCUCUCUUUUUAUGAUCGAGAAGUUGAAAAACAGAGUGAUCGUUGAUGAUGGCAUUGGAAACUGUGGUUUACCCACAAGAUACAUUUAGUUAUGUUUGCAGGGAUUUCUGUUCUUACGGAGGAGGAGGUCCUUGGGGUAGUUACGAUUAUGGCUUCCAAUUAGAAGAACAAAAAGCCUUCCUAGGAGUCAUUCAAAACCAAACAGAGGACCAAAAAUUGGCUACUAGUUGGGAGGCUUCACCGGAGGAAUGUUCAAUCAAUCAACCACUCUCCGGAGGAGCUCUCUACCCGCCAGUGGAAGUAGAACCACCACCACCACUGCCAACCACCGGAAGAAGAAAACGGCGGCGGACCCGUAGCACGAAAAACAAAGAAGAAAUUGAAAACCAGAGGAUGACUCAUAUCGCCGUGGAACGUAAUCGCCGGAAGCAAAUGAAUGAGUAUCUUUCCGUUCUCCGAUCAUUAAUGCCAUCUUCUUACGUUCAAAGGGGAGACCAAGCUUCCAUUAUUGGUGGUGCCAUUAACUUUGUCAAGGAAUUAGAACAACAACUGCAAUUCAUUAAAGUCCAUAAAGAACAAACUGGUACCUCCCCUUUUGCCGACUUCUUUUCCUUCCCUCAAUACUCAACUCGUGCCACAACUCAGUCCAAAAACAACAACUCGCCCCAUGACUCGUCCAUCGCUCACACCCAAUGGCCCGCCGGGGACAUUGAAGUCACUAUGGUCGACAGCCAUGCCAACCUUAAAAUACUGUCCCAAAAACGCCCAAGACAGCUCCUUAAAAUGGUGGCUGGAUUUCAAAGCUUGAGACUUACUAUUCUUCAUCUCAACGUUACCACUUCAGAUCAAAUGGUUCUUUAUUCUCUAAGCAUUAAGGUUGAAGAAGGAUGUCAGUUGAAUACGGUGGAUGAAAUUGCUGCAGCUGUGAAUCAAAUCCUACUCUCUAUUCAAGAGGAAGCCGUUUUUAGCUGACAUAGCUUUAAUUUAAUCUGUGUUCUUUUUAUGAAUGUAAUUUCUAAUUUGUUAAGAAUAUCUUCCCAUUUUGGCCUUAAGGUGAUCCAACAAUUUUCCAUGUAAAAGAAGCAUAUAGCGUUGGUUCCUUUCUCAUCUGUUCCAUUUUAAUUUCAUGAAAUUGGUAAUUACGUACUA